UCAAUAACGCCGACAGGGUCGCGUACGGCGGCUGUUGUUGUAGCUUUCGCAUUUUAUGGAAAAAGUCCCACAGCUUUUAGAAACAGGCUGUUUAACCCCAGACAAACAUGUCCACUGCUAUGAACUUCGGGUCGAAGAGUUUUACGCCCCGGCCUCCUGAAAAAGGCUCCUUCCCUCUGGACCACUUCGGAGAGUGUAAAGCCUUCAAGGAGACGUUUAUGAAAUGCCUGAGAGACAACAGCUUCGACAACUCCAAGUGCCGACUGCAGUCCAAAGGCUACCUGGAGUGCCGCAUGGACCAUCAGCUGAUGGCCAAGGAGCCUCUGGAGAAACUGGGAUUCAAGGACCUGAUGGAUCCUCCUCCCGGCCAGGCAGACAGAGACACUAAACCCUGACAACGCAAAUCCUACAAAAGCAUGUUGAGGACAAAGGCCUCUGUGAGUGUGACGGAGAGAAGACGGGCCUCAAGGACUUUGAGAAUGUGGGCCUUGAGAUUGAGGACAUUGUGGUUUGCAUUGUGGCCUCAGUUUAAGGUUAAGGAGUACAAAAUAAUUUUAUCAACCCUUUGUGUACAUAACAUAAAAUGAAUCAUAUUUGGAAAUGUUGUUUUGGCAAUAAAUCUUUUGUAUUUAAAUU